CCUCCUCAUCCUCGGCCAUGGCGAAUCUCAAGGCGUAUCUUGCUGAAAAGUAUAUGACAGGCCCCAAGGCCGACGCCAUCCUCGCCAAAAGUGCACCACUCAAGAAGAAGAAGCGAAAAGUGGGGUCCGACGCGCCCGCUCCGUCGACCUCGUUUGUGAUCGACGUCGACGGAGGAUGGGGCGACCAAGCGCACGAAGAGAAGGAUGAUAUUGAGGACGCAGUAGUCGCUUCGGACCGCUCUUUCAAGAAGCGUAAAGUGGCUUCGGGUGGGGAAGCAUCUGGCUGGGCGACGAUAGUCCAACCUGCAAAGGCCGAAGAGGAAGAUGUGCCCUUGCCGGACGAGCAGCCCCAAAUUGUCGACGAGGAAGAGACACCGUUCCGAGGCGGGCUUUUGUCUGCGAAACAACUGAGUAAAGCACUGCCAAACUCACGAACCAACAACGCUGUGGACGAGAGUGCCGAGGAAAUAGCCCUGGCGCAGGAAACCAUCUAUCGAGACUCGUCCGGGAAGAAGAUAGACACCAAGGCCGCAAGAGCGGAGGCGGCUAGGCUCAAGCGGCUGAAGGAGGAGAAGGAGGCGCAGAAGAUGGAGUGGGGCAAGGGUCUAGUGCAACGUGACGAGGCAGAGAAACGGAAGCAGGAGCUGGAGAAGCAGCGCAAUUCCAAGUUCGCACGACAUGCGGACGACGCGGAACUCAACGCAGAGCUGAAGUCGAAGGAAAUAUGGAAUGACCCUGCUGCUCAGUUCUUGACGGUGCGGUUUCAGUUGCCUGCCCGCGAUCUUGCCUUGCCUAACAUCGUACAGAAAAAACACGCGAAGGGACCGAGGAGACCAGAAUAUACGGGCCCCACUCCUGCUCCAAACAGGUUUGGGAUCAAGCCGGGCUACAGAUGGGACGGGGUCGACCGGGGCAACGGAUUUGAGAAGAAACUUUUCCAGCAUCGAAACGAGCAGAAGCGGAAAGGGAACGAGAGCUACCAAUGGGGGACAGAGGAUAUGUAAGAUGUGUAUUUAUUACGGACUAAACACGGCGACAGCCAUUCUCGCCUCAGAUCGAAUGCAGCCUGUAUGCAUCCGCAGACACCGUGUCAUCUGCGGUACAUCGGCUGGUCAGUCUUGUCGUGAAUUGCAUUCUCCGAUCCUCCGACACAGUUCGGUUGGCAUACAUCCUCGGUGCUGCGAGCCGCUCCAAAUUGAGCAGAACACGGUAUCC